AGUACAAUAAAACACCUAUGGCCAGAUGCAUGUGUGGGCGUUUGUGUUGGAUUUGUUGUUCCGACUGGUGGUGGUGUGUGUGGUUUUGACAGCCCACCGCAGUGUCAGAUGCGGUGCAGGUUUACACGCGCCUCUCGACGACUCAGCAGGUGGCGAUGCUGAAUUGGUUUGGCGAAUUUUCUGGCGUGGUGUUUUGUUUUUAAUUUUCUAUUAAUUUUGUGAAAAUUGUUCAGAUAAAAGUGCAAUUUUCUGAUCAUGCUCUUUGCCCGAUUGGAGCAGAAAGUGAAAAUGUCUUCUUGUUGUUGUAUUCUGCCAGCUGUCAUUUUUGCACGCAUCGAAAUUUGACAUGUUUUGGGGCCACUCGGUACCGCAAGAUAUCAUUCGGUUAAGUUUAGAUUUAGAGAGUUUUUUAACUUAUUUCUUGGUGCAACAUUAGAAUAAGCAAUAUGAUUAACUUACGAUGUAUCGGUCGCAGCUUCAGGUACUGUUUAAAUGCUCGCACCUACAGCAUAUCGACGAGUGCCGCCACGGCCAAGGCGAUUGCCGCGGAUGGCAACGGGGACCGCAUCAAAGUGCAACCAAAACUUUCGCGCAACACACCCGGCAGUAACGGCAGUGCAGUAGUGGCAGGAGGUUCCAAAAAUCCUAUCGUGGCAGCCGCUUUUGCUUCCCUGCGCAGUGACGAGAAUGGAAGGGAGGAUGGUGCCGCUGGCGGUUCCGACGCGAAGCAGGACGUUCAGAUCGAUGAGAUGAUUAUGAAGGCAAACACGGUCGCAGAGCUGUUGGCCGUGUCGGACGUGACAAAAGUGAAUCGAAAACAAGCGCUGAAAAUCGUUUCCAUACUGGCCGAAUGGAGCUCGAUAAAGAAGGUCAACCUGUCAGACUUUGAGAACGAUUCACGCUUUGUCGAGCUGUGCAGUCUGCUUGGGCGCACGGGAACGCAACGCACGGCUGGCGGCGCCCGUACCAACGGCGGGGGUCCCUCGGCGAAAUCAACCGAGCUGCAGGGUGACGAUCUACAGACCGUGCUGGGCAUCACCGCCAAUGAUGAAGCGGCCAAACUGAUCGCCGGUCUUACGCUACCUCAAAUGAUCAAAGUCAUGUCAUCGUUGGCGGCGAAGAAGAAGCGCAGCAUUCCGCUGCUACGCUCGCUGUCGUUCAACAUUGCCAGCAGUCCGGGCCAGCUGAACCUGAAGGAGUGUGGCGAUCUGCUGUACGCGAUGGCGUGCCUCAACUUUCGCGACGUUGUGCUGACCGGACGGAUCUGUGCCGAUGUCGACCGGGAGCUAUCCAAAAAUACGGACAAAAUGGCCCCGAUUGUGUCGGUGCUGACGAGCCUGGGCAUGCUGCGUUAUCGGGAUGGCGCGGUGCUGGACAAUCUGUGCGGGUGGAUCGCGGCACACCACGAGCUGUGCAAACCGACCCAGCUCGGCUCGCUGCUACUUUCGUUGGCCACGCUAAACUACGAGCCGAUCAGUAUGGACACGAUAAAGGCGAAGUUGGUGGCGAACGUGUCGGAGAACGAUUUCAUACGCUCGACCGAUUGGCUCAACACGGUGUGGUCGUUAACCAUUCUGAACUGUGUCAGCGGUGAGCAGCUGUCGUCUGUGCUGAAUGCUGACUUUUUCCGCCGGCUGCAGGACGAGCGGCGUGGCAACUUGCAACCUUCGAUGAAAAUCAAGCUACUUAAUAUGGCCGCCGCAGCCAAACGGGUGCCCGGUGCGAAGGAAUCGCUGCUUGCCACGCAUCGAGCGGAGCUGUUUGUACCGUUCGAGCCGUCGAAGGAUAAGCGAGUGCUGGUGACGGGCAUGCUGGACGCGCUGAAGAGUCUAAUACCGUCGGAAAGUAUGGUUAAAAUUAGUCAGACAACGACCAUGGGAUUCACGAUUGAUGCUGAAUGCGUUUUGGAUAAGAAAUGCCUGCCACUGCCCGUUGAUAAGGAACAUGAGCAAGGCACGAGGAUUGCGCUGCUAGUGCACGACUAUCACGACAUGUGUCAGGGACCGCACGUCGCGCUGAACGGCAUACAGGCACUGAACAUGCGGUUACUGGAGCAGGAGGGCUACACCGUACUGUCGAUACCGUACAACGAGUUCAGCACCAGCGACAAGCUGCUGAAGCGCGUGGAAUAUUUGCAGAAAAAGUUCAAAUCCAUCGUUACCAGCAAACAGUAGGCGCCGCUCGCGCUGCGCUACAUCCUUUGGAGGUUCCUCGCCUCGCACCUAGUGACCGACCGGCGCGGGGCUGCUCUCGGUUAUGUCGUUAAGAAUGAAGAGAAUAAAAUAUUACCCCUAAAACGUA